GGUAAGGCAGAUUAGAAUCCCGUCAGGAUAGUUUCCGCUUCCGGUGCCAAAGGGCACGUGGAAUGUAAACACAGCAGCACGGAGUGGUUUUCAGAAUGGCUUCCUUUGGGUGGAAGAGGAGAAUUGGCGAGAAGGUAUCCAAGGCCACGUCCCAGCAGUUUGAAGCGGAAGCAGCUGAUGAGAAGGAUGCAGCUGAGAACGAGGAGGGCAACUGGCUUCAGGCCAGCAAACGGAGGAAGGAAACCCUGCAGGAGGGCUGUAAACAGAGGAGCCAGCAGCUGAAGGAUGAAGGGGCUCAGCUGGCUGAAAACAAACGAUACAAGGAGGCAAUUCAGAAGUGGGAUGAAGCACUACAGCUAACCCCGGAUGAUGCUACCCUUUAUGAGAUGAAAUCACAGGUCCUGAUGUCUCUUCAUGAAAUGUUUCCAGCAGUCCACGCAGCAGAAAUGGCUGUUAAGCGUAACGCACACUCAUGGGAGGCUUGGCAAACUUUAGGUCGAGCUCAGCUUGGAUUAGGAGAGAUAGUCCUGGCAAUCCGAAGCUUUCAAGUAGCCCUGCACAUAUAUCCGAUGAACCCUGAACUCUGGAAGGAAGACCUUUCUUGGGCCAGAAAGCUCCAGGAACAGCAGAAAGUAGCCCAGAGGAUUGAAAACAAAGAAAUGCCCCCGGAAGGCCCGGACCUCUCUCCAGGGUCCAUCCCAGACUAUGACUUUGAAAGCGAUGAGAUUGUUGCUGUUUGUGCAGCCGUGGCAGAAAAACAGAAGACAGUGUCUGCAAAUAAAACAAUGGUUAUUGUGUCGGCUUCGGGGACUGUAGAGAUCGUAAACGAGAAGGAAGAGGGCUCUUCCACCCCAGAUGGCUCCGUCUUUAUCAAAGCCCGAUGAAGCCAUACACAAUGGAGAGGGGAGAGGCUACCCACCCCAGAGCGCUGGAUUGGCACCCUGCCCCCGAGCUGCAUCCUCAUGCCUCUUUUUCUGAUUUUUUGAAAGUGUGAAGAACCUUGAAAACAUUUCUUCUCUUUAGCCCAUGCUAGCCUCGGCGUUAUCUUCCUGCCUCAGCAUCUAGACUGCUAGGAAUACAGGUAGGAUCUACUGCUGCUGAGUAAUACUUCUUGCUUGUAACUUUGCAGCGAACAAUUUAUAAACAUCUUUCUAAACAGCUUUUUUGGGAACUGUUCAGUGAAAUGAAAAAAUAGUUACAAUUUCAAUUAAGUAUAAAAUCUCUCUAAAACUAAGAAGAUAGAGCUGUUAGAGUGUCAGUGUGUGACUGACAGGGAGCUGGGAUGUGAUUAAUAGUAUAAUCCCACAAGUAUGAGAUGGAUAUGGUAAGGAAGCAGUUCAGUGUCAGGUGUGAUAGCAAAUGCCUAUAAUCCCAGCACUGAGGAGGCUAAGGCAGGAAAGUUGUAAGUUUAAGGCCAGCCUGGGCAACAUAGCAAGCCCUUGCCUCAGAACAAAACAAAAUUGGUCAAAAAAUAAAACAACGCAAGAAAAAGUUUAUUAGAAAUUCUCAGUCACAGUCACAAACCAGAACUAUUAUUGCUAUUAAUUACUGUUUUUAUUGCAUAUAUUAUAGUACAAGUAUAUGCGACUGUUAGGUGCUGUUCAUUCUAAUACUCAGGCAGUUAUUGAUGAUGUAACUUUUUUCUUUCAGAGAUACAAAUUAUCUCUUGUAUUAUGUAAUCUUAGCAAAAACUGUUGGGACAUAUAAAUGUGGUCUGUAUUUUUAUGAGGAUGAUAUUUCUGAAGUAUUUUAGAGGAAUGUUCACUAGUUUUUUUUCCAGAGUUAGAGAAUCAGCUGUUUCCUUAAGAAGUAUUAUAUACUGUCUCCCCCCCCCCCCAAUUAUAUCUUCAGAUAAUUAGCCCCUGGAUAGAAGAGAGUUUUAGAAUGAUUAAAAAAAAUAUUUUGUUAAAUAACAAGGUACAUUCUCAGAGAGUAGCUAGAUGCCAAGAGAAUUGAUAUGUCAUAUUUGAUAUGUUACAUACAAAUAUCUGUUUAUUAUAUAAUUUGUGAAUAGUUUUCCCUCUGUGUUUUGGAGAUUAUAUUCGUAUAUCUUUUUUUUUUCCUGUGUAGAAGUGUAUGAGUCACUUGGUAUGGCCCCUUACACAUGCUAGUUCUAGGAAGAAUUUUUCUUAGGAAAUACUAAUCACUUCUGAAUUUUGAAAAGAUUUUUAUAGUCUUUUAUCUGAAUGAAGUUACUGCUUGUGAAACUGAAGGAUGGUUGUCAGUUAGAGAUUGUUCUUGGCAUAGAGUCUGUGCCUCCACCUCCAAAGAGGCAAGCCCACACAUGGCCUGCAUGUUGCUUCGCCGUUGAUAAAUCUGUUGUUUCAACUGUCCUGGUAUUGGUGGGUCAUGCUGGUCUGUCUAUUACCCCAGUCUAACUUACAAAAUAGAUGUAAGGUGUGGGGAAGGGGAGGAUGAGUUAUAAAGAAAAAAGAGAGGUUCAUUUCCCCAGACCUCAAGAUACUUUAGCUAUCAUUCUGUGUAGGAAGCGAAACACAUGUCUGUUCUUUUGCUGGGGUGUGAGCAACAGUAUAUAAAAGUUUACUAAAGCUGUUAAUUCUAAUAAUACUCAAAUUUUAUGAAUCUGGAGAAGAUGACACUCAUAAUGAUAUAAUUAUAUUUAAUGAAUAAUCAUAAACAACAGUAUUAGUGAUUAAAAUUAUAUCUAUGGAUUUGUGGUGUUCUGGUUUCAAAAUUUGUAUGGUAUAGAUACUUACUCGAGCGUUACACAUCGAGGCCAUACCUGAAAACUUGAGACUCGUGUUACCCCCUAGGACGCAGGUGCCUAGGGUAUAAAGCAUUGUAUCGUAACUAUCUCACAAUAUCGGGAAGUUAUAAGGGAGGCAUGUUAGAGCUCAUGUGUACUGCAACCGGAGCCUUGGGACAAAACAGGAUGUGAUGGCAUAAGCAUGCAACUAUUUUAAAUUGCUGUUAGCUCAGACCAGUGAGGGGUUAGAAGGCGGCGUUUUAGAAAACUGGUAUUUUCAUGAUUGUAUCAGGACAGCUCAGCCCCGUCCGUUUGCAGAUUAUACUUUGCACGGUGACUCACAGGCUGGCUCCUCUUUCCCAGCAGUAAGAGAAUUAAUUAUUAAUCAGCUCUUAAUUUUCCUUCAGUCAGAAACCCUUCAAACCCCACUCAGUAACAGACAUUCUAAGCUGGGGUUUCAUGACAUAGCAUAUGUCUGAAUGAUUUAGGAGUUGACACAAGAACCACAAUCAUCAUCUUCAGUGUGUGUGCUAAAACGGGAUUUUUCAGAGAUGAGUUUAUGAUUGCUGGCAUUGUAUGGUAGAGAAACUUACUUCUAAAACCAGUAAUAAGGCACGGCGGUUUCUAAAUCACCCCUUCACCAAAGUAAGUUUAAAUGAAAUGAAGAUUCUUAUCUAAAGUUGUGUCCCUUAGCCAAGGGCAAAAUUGAAUAGGGCUACGUUGAGUGAAUGCUGGAGCCAUGGUGACCCUUGGGCUAGUAUACAGUUCCUUAGUGUGUAUUCCAUGUGAACUGCCUGUGUUGUACUUGGAGGGUGGUGGGAAAGCUGACCCAUGUGAACCAACUCUGUUGGGCAAGCCGGUAAGCAGGUUAGGUAGGACUGAACGAACUCCUUUCAUCUUGCUCUUAGACCAGCCAUUGACUAAGGAAUCCCGAACUGCCUCCCACCUCGCAGGGAGAUGGAGGGCAGGAAAUACUGGUCCCCUUCUCCUGUUUCUCUGCGUUGGUCACGUCUCCUUUCAGCU